AGUGAUGGCGAACGCAUGGUUCUCCUCCCGCUGUUCCUCCUCCUCCAAGAGUUUUGUGACUGGUUUGGACGUCCCCACGAGAGCCCGGUGCAUCGUCUGUGCUUUCUGCCGUAGUAAGGGAAGAAGAGGUGAUGUGUAUUGAUGGAUGUGAAGAGUGGUCUUUAGUCCAUCAUUUACUGCUAUUCCCGCUUUAGUAAAGGAAAAAACUGAACAUCAGGAGAGUUAGCUUUUGCAUCGUUUGUUGGUACGUGUUCUUGGUGCUUUUUCUGCCCCUUCUGCUGCAGUGGGAGACGACAUGUGUAUGUGUGUAUUAGGAGAUGUGAUAAAAUACGCCUGAUGCCUGUUCUCUGAUACCUGUUGUAGUUAAGGAAGAACUGAGCACCAAGAGAGUUGAGUUAGUUGUUGCCUUAAGACGAACACCUGUGUCUUCUCCCCCCUCACCCUCCUCCGUCUCCUGUCUCUGCUGAGGAAAAAGUAUUCAUCAAAGGACGUGUUAUUAUUGUUCCUCCACUGGACGUGCUAACGGACACCUGGGUAUCCCUUUACGCCUUCGUCGAGAGGGUUACCAUCUGUGUCUUUCUGGAGGUGUUCGCUAACGCUGAAGUCUUCCUCCUUCUGCUGCACUUGCUAUAGUGAGGGAAACAUUGAAAAAAGUCUGCCAAGUCCGGUUAUAUACAAAGAUGAGAAGGUCUCAUGGAUUAUCUGAUCAGGCGGCAGGAGGGAUGUUUCUGAUGAUGUUGAUGCAGAAGGCGAUGCUGGAGGUGGUAGUAGUAGUAGUGGUAGCGGGUGGUGGUCUGGCUGCCUCAGAGUUUUACCCCAUCGCUCCUGAAGAUGAGAUCACGGUGUUACAAGAUACAUACGAGCCUCGAGUUGGACUGCCGAGCAAGAUAAAAGGAACAGGAGGACCUCUCGGGGGUAGAGACACACCUCAGAUUAUGAACGCUGAUCUUUUAUAUAGUUCCUCCUCCAUUGGUGACCUGGAUUUGUCCUUCAACGAGGUGGUUACCAGCAGGUCUUCAGUCUCUACACCUCCCGCACACGACUCUCUGGCUAACUGGACUCGACUGAAAGGCAUCUUCACCAACAUGAAGUCGAUCCUGACGAAGAUCAAUGAGGCGGGCACUGAACCGGGUCACGUACCUAUUUCGGUGCUCGACCAGAUUUUGAAGGUCGAGGAUUACUUCGUCAUGGCCGAAAUCUUCUAUAACUCCUUGGAUCCUGAACUUCAUGAACACUUUAAACAGCUCUAUGACCGUUUUAUGCAGUUUCUCUUCAGGAACCCCUUGUUACGGACGAUCCAGCUUCCAGACAUGAGGGCGAUAAAGGAAGAACUCUUUCCUCUCCUACUGAUCAAAGUGGGACACUUAUUUCACCAACAAGCGAUAACUUUCGUUCACGAGGUCGACUUUGUUUUUGAGAUGAUGAAGUCUUCUGGGUUUAAAAAUGAGGAGAUAUACCUAAUCUUUGAGCUGCUUGGUCUGUCCUCGAUGUUAGAGGAGGAAGAACAUCCAGUCAAAACCUGGACGGCAAAAUCUAAACAAGCCAGGGAUAUAAGCGAUCAAUUUAGUUCUAACAUAGGAUUCAGGAGGGACUCGCACGGAGGAUACGGGUACUCUGAUGGUGGAUACGGGUAUCCUGAUGGUGGAUACGGGUACUCUGAUGGUGGGUACGGGCAUUCUGACGGUUAUGGUGGUAGUGGUAGUCCCAGUGGAUAUGGCGGAGGAUACCAUUCUGGAGGGUAUGGUGGGUAUGGUGGAUACAUGCAAUAUAUGCCCAAGGUCGACCCCUUCGUUAUCCUGGCUGGUCUCACCUUCCUCACCCUCUGCUCCUACCUCACCUACCUCGUCGUAUCCAGCAAGACCAGCAAGCGCAGCUUAUCUGAGUUCCCUCACUCCCUCGAUCUUUCAGACCUGCCCGACCUUUUAGCUUUAGUAGAGGACGCCCACAACUUCUACUCGUAUGACGCCCUUAACCAAGACCCCGACGACCCGACACAGUCCCUCUCCCUCGCCUUCAACAACCUGUGGAGAUCCUACAAAAGGGGACCUGAGUCUGGGAUAUGUGUGAGAAGGUUCCUAUGCCAGCAACUCCAUAACCUCCCCUACCUCCUGGGUCCUGAGAUGUCCUUCAUGCAGCUGAGUGUUCUCUGCUCCCAUAGGUCGAGUCUCGCUCAGACUCUCGGGGUGACAGAGGCGGCCCGAACAGCUGAUCAGAUAAACAAGAACAAAUGGCUGAGGGGAAUCUCCAAUUGCUAUGCCUCUUGCUCUAUCCUACCAAACACUCCAGAGUGCCCUUGCCCCCAGAGUGUCACGAGCAGGGAGGAGGAAGAAGACGGUGUGUAUGUCCAUAGGAAGAGGACCAGAGUCACGGCUGAACCUAAGUAGAGAGAGUGGAUUCUCUUUAUAACGAUUUGGGAAGGAUUUAAUAAAGAUUUAUAUCAUAGAA